AAAACACUUACACCAUGUUUGGUUGGUGUAUUGGCCCUCAUUCCUAUGUUUGGUUCAUGGUAUUGCUAAUACCAUUGUAAUACAUUACUGGUCUAAUCGUUGAAAUCCACCGAUUUGUAAUCCGUCCCUUUUGCCCAGAUUAGGCGCCGCUUCAGUUUACCCUCCCAUCGGCUUCCCCUUUGUUUCUCUUCUGUUCCUUCUAGCCUCUGCCGAUUUUCUCCCUCUGUUUAUUUUCUUUUCUUUUCUGCCGAUUUGCUCCCUCUGUUUCUUUUCUUGAUAUUGUUCUUCAAAAUCAGAUGGAUGGCCAUCUAAAGACUAUUCUGGAAGGGAUCUCAAAGUUGGCAUCUGAUAAAGUGUUAGCUGAAGAUGAACUAGCAAGUUUGCAAUCCAUCUUGGUGAAGCUUCUUUCUCAUUUUAAGGACUUGGAACAUGUGUUUUCUUUGAAUCAUUUUCUUCAGAUCUUAGAUAUGAUGCAUGGGAACUCUCGGGGCAUUGUCAAUAUGCAUAUACUUGAUAUGGCUACAAGGAAUGGUUAUGUACAUGAUCCAACAACCAUACAGUUACUCUUUGAAAUAUCCCAGGCUUUACAUAGUGAUACUGAUCUUGUAAACAUGAAAAAUGAUGAUAACCAACAGCAAGCACGGUUUAUUUCUCGUUUUGUCCGAAUGGUAGACCAUGGAGUAGAGUAUGAACGACAUUUAGCAUUUCUUAUGGAAUGUCAUGGGGCCCUUGGUAACAUUAUUGAACUCAAGAUAAACGAACAUGUAUUAUCUGUCUGCUCGAAACUGAUUGAAACUGCCAAAUUGUGUUUGAAUGCGAAGGACAAGUAUCUCACUUCCACCAUUAGUUUUCUGGACAAGAACUUGCCUGCUGCAGCUGUCUCAUCGUCUAUUGCUAUCUGAUACACAUGAAAAUGGUUCUCAAUAACAAUGUUGAUCGGAUCGGGCCCUUCGUUUUCUAUGAAUUAUUCAUGUGGGACACAUGAAUUGACAUGAUGGUAUGAUAAGUUCGUAGAAAGGCAUAGAAAAAAAAAUUAAUUAUACUUGUAUUGGAUGUUCAUCAUGGAGUCCAUGUAACAUAAUUGAAAACCGGUAAAUAGGCCAGGAAAUUUUCUUUGCAUUCCUUGAUUGUUAAACUUGGAACAGUUCUUGAAAAGAAAAGCCUUUUGUCUUUUUUAUAGAUCAUUCAUUUAUCUUGA